CCUCGAUACUGCCAUCUACAGAUCGGGAGGAUACACUGCAAUUUUGAAUCCUUAGCUCCUCACACAACGCAAUGGCGUUAAGCGUCUGUCAAAGCUUUGGUAUAUUUUGAACUAUUAAUUCGACUGCUUAACAGGUUGUGGAUUCCACACUGGUGAAACGUCACUCGUGGUGUGCGCCGCGUCAAGAAAGCAACCGUGUUCGCUCACCACAAAGGAAGAAAAGGCUGAAUGGCUGAGCCAGAGCUGUUGCUGGACUCCAACAUCCGACUGUGGGUGGUGUUGCCCAUUGUCUUCAUCACCUUUCUCGUCGGCAUCAUCCGUCACUAUGUCUCCAUUCUUCUUCAAAGUGACAAGAAGUUGACUUUAGAGCAGGUGUCAGACAGCCAGGUCCUCAUUCGGAGCAGAAUCCUCAGAGAAAAUGGAAAAUACAUUCCUAAACAAUCCUUCUUAAUGAGAAAGUUCUACUUCAAUAAUCAAGAAGAUGGAUUCUUCAAGAAAACAAAAAGAAAGGUUGUUCCGCCCUCGCCAAUGACUGAUCCUAGUAUGCUGACAGACAUGAUGAAAGGAAACGUUACCAACGUACUUCCCAUGAUCCUGAUCGGAGGCUGGAUCAACUGGACGUUUUCAGGAUUUGUAACCACUAAGGUACCUUUCCCGCUCACGCUGCGCUUCAAGCCCAUGCUACAACAAGGAAUAGAGCUACUGUCCCUGGAUGCUUCCUGGGUGAGCUCAGCAUCGUGGUAUUUCCUGAAUGUCUUUGGACUGCGAAGCAUGUACUCGUUAAUCCUUGGCCAGGAUAAUGGUGCAGACCAGUCAAGGAUAAUGCAGGAGCAGAUGAGUGGGGCUGCCAUGGCCAUGCCUGCCGACACAAAUAAAGCUUUCAAGGCGGAGUGGGAGGCCCUAGAACUGACUGACCAUCAGUGGGCACUGGAAAGUGUGGAGGAAGAUCUCAUGAGUAUGGAACUGGACUUUGACGGCAUGUUUAGCAAGGAGCUGCCCACUGGUAUAUUCUGAGGCCUUGCUCGCUUCUCUUGCUAAGGGGGCUUAAAAUGCAGGGAUUUUUUUGUUUCUCAAAAACACAAGAGAUUGGACAAAUCCCUCCCUUUUAUGCAAUGUUUACAUUCCUUUUGUUUCAGGUCCAUUUUCUUCAAGUUGUACUAAAUUGUCAUGCCUGACUGAGAAUGUCUGGGAGAAAACAAGUCAUGUUUUUGCAUUAUAGUUAGCUUGUAAGUUACACUACUAACAAAAAGUUCGUCAUAUCCUGCUCCCGGGUGAAAUUUCAGGCUGUUCACAAUUUGACAUCAUGUGACCAAGACGACACCUCACCAUUGAUGAAUAGUACAUCACGAACAGGAUGUUGUCAAAAAAAAGUGACCACGAAAGAAAAAAAUGACACAUAGCUAACGGCAUCCUUGGAAAUGUAUUGUUCCAUUCAUGGAUCAAACAGCAUUUGUGAAUUUUGCCCUUCAGCCACUUUUUAGAGCACAGCAAGCUGUGCAAAAACUACUGAAACAUUGAACAUGUGCAUUAAAAAGUUGAGAGAAGGCCAAAUUAAGUUCACCUGUACAAGGUUACAGUGCAUUUUAGGCAUCUCCGGAAAUUUCACCCAAGAACCACACAUUACUAUCUUUUUGUGAGUAGUGUAUGUCAUAGUAAAGCGGCUAAAGCCCGAUUAGGUAAAAUAAUGUGAACAACUUUCAUUGUAUUUCAUGUGUAGCUAAAGUUACUAUUUUCAUCUGCACUAUUGCGUGCAAAAUACAACUUAAGUGUCUGAAUGGUGUUUAAUUUCACAAUUGCACCACUCCUUAUUUCAACUGUAAGGGCCCUAUUUUCGUACCCAGCGCAAGUCUAGUGCAAAGUGCAGUCUAACUUGUGCACAUGGGUGGAGUUUUGUUUCUUUUGGUGUUUUGGUAGACGGGCGCAGCCAGGAAGGGGUGUUGGCGCUGUUGUGGGAGGGAACACACCCAACUUGUUUUCCAUCCAAUGGAAGCGGCUCCCCCCAUUCCUUUUAAAUUUAGUUGUUGUAACAUAGGCUGCUGUGGAGUGGGCACUUGGAGACCGCGUUUUAACCCAGAUUAUGCGUCCGUGUGUGACAACCCCACCCUUAGUCGCACCGCAUUUGGGGAGGGCGUCAGGGGCUUUUAAAACUAUAUUUAAGAUGAUGAUAUAAUAGAUGAUGAUUUCUGCAAGGAUUCAGAGGGAUUGAUGCACACUGAUGUCAUAUUUAUAAAUGAAAUCCGAUGACAUCAACCACACCCGUUCAUGGAGCUCAGAAUCUGUCUGCCUGCGCCUCCAUCAAAUACACUACAAUUGUUUUACACCACCUGUGCCACACUUUAGACCUGCUCCGAGCUUGUCUAAAAUUCAAGUCUACUUUCUCUCACCAAAUUGUCAUCUGACUGCAGAAACGCCCUCUGACCGUUGGAACGCCCAGCUAUGCACAACAUGGUCUACCAAAUUCCUAAACACGGUAAACUUGACUUGCCCCAGCACGAAAAUGAAGACGUGCCAGUCUACAAAAAUAGGGCCCUAAAUCUUAAGAACUUACUACUUUUUCGCACAAGAAUCGGUCAGUGUGACAGAGGUUUUUGUUGUUUUGGUGUAAAAGGUUUAUUUUGUUUCAACCCUCCUGUAUUUGUUUUGUACAGUAAAACCCAUUUUGACUAAAUAACUGGUUUUAUUUCUUACAAUUAGAGGUGUUUUGUAAUGAGAUGUUACUUAACUAAUGUUUUGAAUAAAUUAUAGUG